AUGAAAAGAGGAGUCAGCCGUAUCCAGCUUUUGUGUAAAUUGGCCUGGAGGACUGUGAUCUUGCUAGUGAUGGGGUUCUGCUUCCUUAACUACGGACCAGCAGAUGGUCCAUUGUCAUGGAGCUGGGCAAGGAUUCCAGGUGUUCUGCAGCGUCUUGGAUUUACUUACUUCAUUUUGGCUUUGAUGCAGACCUGCUUUAGCAUAAAAUACCUUGACAAAUAUCAGUUUGAUAACUGGUGGGCUUCACUCAGAGAUAUUGUUCUAUACUGGCCAGAAUGGGUAAUCAUGGUGAUCCUGGAGACGCUGUGGCUCUGCCUGACAUUCCUGCUGCCUGUUCACGGAUGCCCCAGAGGUUACCUGGGCCCUGGAGGGAUCGGAGAUGAUGGAAAAUACCCCAACUGUACUGGCGGUGCAGCAGGGUACAUUGAUAAGUUGGUGCUUGGAGAGGAGCACAUGUACCAGUACCCUACAUGUAAGGAGCUAUACAAAACUACUCAACCUUUUGAUCCUGAAGGCAUUUUGGGUACAAUCAACUCUAUUGUGAUGGCAUUCUUUGGACUUCAGGCGGGGAAGAUUAUCCUAAUGUACCGACAGCAACCACUGAGUAUUUUAAAGAGGUUUCUCAUCUGGGCUAUUUUGCUGGGGAUUAUCUCUGCCAUCCUAACCAAAUGUACACAAAACGAAGGAUUCAUUCCCAUCAAUAAAAAUCUCUGGUCUUUGUCCUUUGUCACCACACUGAGCUGCUUCUCAUUUGUCCUGCUUGGAAUCAUGUUUUAUGUUAUCGAUGUGAAAAAUUGGUGGGGAGGCCAACCUUUCAUUUUUCCAGGGAUGAAUUCAAUCCUUAUCUAUGUUGCAAGCUCCCUCCUGGGCACAUACUUCCCUUUCAGUUGGGAAAUGAAGUUUCCAGCCUCCCACACGGAACCCCUUUUUCAGAAUCUACUGGGCACGUCACUCUGGGUUUUAGUCGCUUAUCUCCUCUAUAGGAAGAAGUUCUUUUUAAAAAUAUGACUGUGGGAUUUGGAAAUGCGAACUCCUCCCUGGCCCCAGUUAUUGUAAUAUGAAUAUGAUAAUUGACACUCAGCAAUCUCAAAACCUGAGAUUGGUUUUGAGGAGAGAUGGUGUCACUGCAGCUAUCUUCUCUAUCUCGUCUUGUAACAUAUGACAUAAAAAUGUGGGAUGUGAUGCCAUCAUGCUGUGUGUCUCCUGCCUCACAAUGAUGGAGAUGGAAGCAGGGAGAUAAAAAUUACAGUGACAUCACACUUUGUUUUAGACAUUACAAGGAAAAGAGACUGAAGAUACAUACAGCAGCGGCAGCUCUUUGUCUUAUAAUAUCUGGCUUAGUCCCAAACUGCCAAGGAAUCCAGUCUCAGCAACAACAAGCAAGAUUAGAAAGGAAGUACUCUGCCAAAAACCGUUUCUUAUGGAUACAUCCACUGGAAUCGAUACAGAAUCCAUUCCAUAGAUCAGGAGUGAGAAUCCUGUGGCCCUCCAGAUGUUCUCGGACUCCCAUAGCCCCAGCCAACAUAGAUGCAAAAUGUUAUAUUGGACCUGGCCCCAAAUAGAAAAAAUGGUGUAAACUUCUAUCAUGAACAAAACAUAAUUGUACUGAAGUUUAGCUUGUUUCACAAAUUCUUUAUGUAUGUUUUUUUCUUUAAUCAAAUGUGUGGCAAUGUUUUGGUUCAAGGAUAUAAAAUAAAUAAGCAACUUCAAUGGUU